AUGGCAUCCAACAGCCUCUUUAGUUCUGUGACCCCAUGUCAGCAGAACUUCUUCUGGGAUCCCAGCGCCGGCCGGAGGUUCAGUCCGCCGGUGUCGGUGAAGAUGAAUGAUGUGAACCCGAGCGCAGGACAGCAGCAGCAGCAGGACAGCGCGGUGGUGCCAAUACUCCGCGCGCAAGAGAACCGCUCCAUGGCCGAGAUCAUCGCCGACCACCCCGCCGAACUGGUCCGGACCGACAGUCCGAACUUUCUCUGCUCGGUUUUGCCUUCUCAUUGGAGGUGUAAUAAAACGCUACCGGUUGCGUUUAAGGUGGUGGCCCUGGGAGAGGUUUCUGAUGGGACGGUGGUCACAGUAAUGGCUGGGAAUGAUGAGAAUUAUUCAGCUGAGCUUAGGAAUGCCUCAGGUGUUAUGAAGAACCAGGUUGCCCGCUUCAAUGACCUGCGCUUUGUGGGCCGAAGCGGAAGAGGGAAGAGCUUCACCCUGACGAUUACAGUAUUCACAAACCCACCGCAAGUGGCCACUUACCACAGAGCCAUUAAGGUCACGGUGGACGGACCGCGGGAGCCCAGGAGGCACAGGCCGAAGUUGGAUGACUCGCCGAAGGCUGGACUGUUCUCUGACCGUCUCAGUGAACUGGAGCGCAUCCGGCAGACCACCAUGCGGGUUACUGUGCCAACACAAACGCCACGGCCCACGCUUAGCAGCCCCAACUCCUUCACACCUCAGGGGCAGACUCAGAUUACAGAUCCACGCCAGGCUCAGUCUUCCCCACCUUGGUCAUAUGACCAGACGUACCCGUCGUACCUGAGUCCCAUGGCCUCCCCGUCUGUGCACUCCACCACCCCGCUCUCGUCCAGCCGGGCCACAGGGCUGCCCUCCAUCAGCGAUGUGCCCAGACGCCUCCCAGGUUCGACAGAUUUGAGUCCUUUUCCUGGCCAGUUUGAGCGUCAGUUCCCCGCUUUCUCCUCACUCACCGAGAGCCGAUUUUCCAGUCCCAGAAUGCACUACCCGGCCACCUUCACAUACACGCCCACCCCCGUCACCACCGGCAUGUCACUCGGCAGCGCUCACUACCACACCUACCUUCCCCCGCCGUACCCCGGCUCCACCCAGAGCCAAAGCGGACCCUUCCAGAGCAGCAGCACACCUUAUCUCUACUACGGAGCCUCCUCGGGCUCCUACCAGUUCUCUAUGGUUCCAGGAGGAGACCGAUCGCCCACCCGGAUGAUGCCGCCUUGUACUAGCGCAUCCACGGGAACCAGCCUGGUCAACCCCAACCUCCCGGUCCAGGCCGAUGGAGGUGGGGGGGUGGAGGCAGACGGAAGUCAUAGCAACUCCCCCACUCUUCUCAAUCCUGCUGGUAGAAUGGACGAAGGCGUGUGGCGGCCAUAUUGAACGGACAAUUACGUAAACGUGGAACCUUCAAACAAACAGCAUGGUUUUAAAGCACAAACCUUACUAGGAUGUUCAUCCCGUCUCGCUGAGCUACUUUCCCUCGCUAACAUGAGUAUUUAUGAGCCUGUUGAAAGGGAAGUAUUUUUUACAUUGGACUUUGUUGUUGUAAUACAUUAUUCUGGACCUUUUGACCUCUGGGAAUCAUUGUCAUAGGCGG